AUGUCCUCAUCACUCAGGAGAAUACCAGAUGACAUUCCCUCAGACAUUCGAAAAGUUAGAAUAGAAAAAAGCCACUUGACUGAACUGUCUCGGGGAUCAUUUAGUGGUGUUCACUCUUUGGAAUACCUAUGGCUUAAUUUUAACAACAUCACACUAAUGCAUCUGAAAAGCCUGGAGAACCUGAAGCAUCUAAAGGAACUAAGGCUACAAGGAAACAAACUGAGAUCAGUACCAUGGACAGCUUUUCAAGACACCCCAGAUAUAAGAAUAUUGGACCUAAAACACAACAGAUUAGAUGUUCUUCCAAAUCAUGCAAUGAAGUUUCUUCCCAACUUGACCUACUUAGACUUAUCCUUCAAUCAGCUUACCAUUAUCUCUAAAGAUGUAUUUACAACAUGGCCCCUUUACCAAAGAGCACAAGCAUCAGAUGGAAGAACAGGAGUAGCAUCCAAUGCAGUGUUGGCAUUAAAUGACAACCCCUGGAUAUGCGACUGCCGCCUCAAAGGUUUUGUCCACUUUGUAAAGACAGUCAGUUCACCUAUUAUAUUAAUGAAUUCCUAUCUGACAUGUGCAAGCCCAGAUUUUCGCAUUGGGAAGUACUUUCAUGAGCUGGAGCUAAAUGAUUGCAUGAAACCAACCACUUACACACUUGUGUAUAAUGCUACAAUCCAGGUGGGCCUCAAUGUAACAUUGGUAUGUAUGAUAACAGCAAGCCCUACACCUUCCAUACACUGGACUCAUGGAUUAAAAUCUAUUAAAUCCCAUAAUGUAUCUACGGUUUUGAUUGAUGAAGAGAAUAUGAAAUCUGAAUUAUUUAUUCCAGUGGUACAUCUUGCAGAUGCUGGAAUAUACAACUGCAUUGCAACAAACUUCUUGGGCAACUCAUCUUCGUUGGUUCAUUUAAAUGUUGAAUCCCGAAGCUCAGGGGAUCUCUCCAUAUAUACUUCAUAUUCUCCAUCCUCAUCAUCAGACGAAAAUGUCUACAUAGAUGUGAGAAUAUCCAAACAAACUGUUUAUGGCAUCUCCUUGGAAUGGUUUGCAGCAACAGAAAAUCCAAGUGAAACAUGGUAUACUAUUUAUUUUGGAAAAUAUGACAACAAGGAGAAGGAAGUAAUUAAUAUUGGCCCUGGAAUAUAUACUUAUUCCGUUAAUGAUUUGCUUCCAACAACCAAAUAUGAGGUGUGUAUUACACUAAAGAGUCAACUUCCCCGGAAGGAACAAUGCAUUGUCUUUAUGACAGGUAGCGACAUCAGUGAGUUAGAACAAAGAGAAAAACUCAUCCACAUAAUUGUCAUUGUGUGCGCCAUGGUUCUUGCAGUGCCUGCUGGCAUGUACGCCUGCACAACCGAGACAAGGUUUAACUGUGUUGAAAAAUGCUUGGGGCUUUGUCGUCAGAAGCAUAAGGCCCAGAAAAAUCUGAAGAAAGAUAAUGCCAAGGAGAGUACCUUUGAUAGCUUGCAAGCCAGUAGUGAUGAAGGACUUUGUCAACGAGAAUGCACAGAAGAAAACCGAAGGAGGCGUUAUUCAGAAGAAAAGAUUAAUAAAGCUAAAUUGGAAAAUAAAAAUCCUGCAGAACUGUACUAA